AUGGAGUGUGCUUCGUUAAACAUGUUUGGGAAGAAUGAAAUUAUGCAGCAGGAAAUCAGGCCCUUGGUGGCAGUGGAUAUAAUUGAACAACUUCACAGACAAUUUGCCAUUCUUUCAGGAGGCCGAGGGAAAGAUGGUGCCCCCAUCAUCACUUUUCCAGAGUUUGUGGGGUUUAAACACAUCCCAGAUGAGGACUUUCUGAAUGUCAUGACCUACCUCACCAGCGUCCCCAGUGUGGAGGCUGCCAGCAUCGGAUUCGUCAUUGUUAUCGACAGACGAAGGGACAAGUGGAGCUCCGUAAAAGCAUCCUUGACACGAAUAGCUGUAGCAUUUCCAGGAAACUUGCAGCUUAUAUUCAUUCUUCGUCCAUCCUGCUUUAUCCAGAGGACAUUCACUGACAUUGGCAUUAAGUACUAUCGAGAUGAAUUUAAAAUGAAAGUGCCGAUCGUUAUGUUAAACUCCGUUUCUGACCUUCAUCACUACAUCGACAAAAGCCAACUGACAGAGGACUUAGGGGGAACUUUGGAAUAUCACCACAGUCAGUGGAUAAAUCAUCGAACUGCCAUUGAAAAUUUUGCUCUGGCGUUGAAGAGCACUGCUCAGAUGCUCCAGACUUUUGGGGCCUGCCUAGCCACAACAGAACUGCCCAGAAGCAUGUCAUCCUCUGAAGACCUUCUCAUGUCCCACACAAGGCAGCAGGGCAAGUUGCAGGAUGAGCUAAAAUUACUUGGAAAGCAAGGGACCACAUUGCUGUCAUGUAUUCAAGGACAAGCAACCAAAAGUCCCACCAGCAAACUCAGUCUCAAUGAAGCUGAGAAUGUAGCUACCAUGGAAAGGUUAUUAGUUCAGUUGAAUGAAACAGAAAAAGCCUUUAGUCAGUUCUGGUCUGCGCAUCACCUGAAGCUUAAUCAAUGCCUACAACUGCGGCACUUUGAACACAAUUUUUGUGAGGUUAAGCUUGCCCUGGACAACGUGUUGGCAGAGCAAGCGGAGUUUACAGACAUCGGAGACAGUGCGAUGCGUGUGGAGCAACUUCUUAAGGAAUACAAAAAACUGGAAGGAAAAGGCCAGGAGUCCUUGGAAAAGGCCCAGCUGCUUGCAGUAAUUGGGGACCAGCUCAUCCAAAGCCACCACUAUGCAGGGGACUCCAUCAGACCCCAGUGUGCAGAGCUCAGGCACCUCUGUGAUGACUUCAUCAAUGAAAACAAGAAAAAACAUGACAUUUUAGAAAAGUCCUUGGAGUUGCAUAGACAGUUGGACAAGGUCAGCCAGUGGUGUGAAGAAGGAAUCUACCUCUUGGCUUCCCAAGCUGUAGACAAGUGCCAGUCCCGAGAGGGGGUUGACAUUGCCUUGACUGACAUUGAGACAUUCCUGGGCACAGCGAAGGAGUACCAGUUGCCCAGCCCCAACGAGUUUUACAACCAGUAUGAGCUGAUGCUCACUCUUGAUGUAAAGGCCAAAGCCCAGAAAGUCCUGCAGAAGCUGGGUGAUGUGCAGGAAAUAUUUCACAAGAGGCAAAUGAGUCUGAUGAAACUGGCAGCCAGACAGACUCGCCCAGUGCAACCCGUGGCCCCGCGUCCUGAGUUCUCCCCAAAAUGGGUGUCACCAAAAAUCCGCCAGCCCUCCACCUUGGCUCCUCAUCAGAAAACAUCUGAGGAAUGUUAUGUGGAGACGGAUUUAAACUCUGUGGAAAAGGAAGAUGAUGAGACUAAAUUUGAAGUCAAGAAUGAAGAAAUACUUGAAAGCAGUCAUGAUGGGGAGAACCCUGAGCCAGAGCAGCUUGACAGUUCCAAAAAUCUCUCCCCCAGCAGGCGCAUUAUACGUGACUUGCUUGAGACGGAAGAGACUUAUAUAAAAGAGAUUAAAAACAUAAUUGACGGAUAUAUCAUUCCAAUGGAUUUUAUUUGGCUGAAGCAUCUAAUUCCAGAUGUUCUUCGGAAUAACAAGGAAUUUCUCUUUGGGAAUAUUAGAGAACUUUAUGAAUUUCACAACAGGACUUUUCUAAAAGAAUUGGAAAAAUGCACUGAAAACCCUGAACUUCUGGCACGUUGCUUUCUCAAGAGAAAAGAAGACCUUCAAAUAUAUUUUAAAUAUCAUAAGAAUCUGCCCCGAGCCAGGGCAAUCUGGCAAGAAUGUCAAGACUGCACCUACUUUGGGGUAUGCCAGCGUCAACUGGGUCACAGUCUCCCUCUUUUUAAGUAUCUGAGAGGACCAAGCCAGAGACUUACGAAGUACCAGAUGUUGUUGAAGGGUCUGCUGGAUUUUGAGUCACCUGAGGAUUUGGAGAUGGACCCAGGUGAUCUAGAAGGAGGUUUGGCUAAGAAUGGGCCAGAGAGGACCAAGGAUUCAGCCUUCUCAGACGACCUACAACAAGCUUUGGCCAUGAUGGAGGAUUUGAUCAAGUCCUGUGAGUUGGCUGUGGACCUGGCAGCAGUCACCGGAUGUCCGGAUGAUAUCAGAAAACUGGGCAAGCUGUUGAUGCAUGGCUCUUUCAACGUCUGGACGGUUCACAAGGAGCGUUAUAAGAUGAAGGAUUUAAUUCGAUUUAAGCCCAGCCAGAGGCAAAUCUAUCUAUUUGAACAGGGAAUAGUGUUCUGUAAGAUACGAAUGGAGCCCAGUGACCAGGGCCUGUCUCCUCACUACAGCUUUAAGAAGUCUAUGAAGUUAAUGACACUUUCAAUUCGCCAACUUGGAAGGGGGAGCAACAGAAAGUUUGAAAUUGCCAACCAAAAUGGACUUGAGAAAUACAUCCUACAGGCAGCUUCAAAAGAAACCAGAGAUUGUUGGUUUUCAGAAAUAAGUAAAUUAUUGCUGGAACAACAAAGCAAUAUUAAAGGCCAAGGGAAUAUACAGUUUGAAGCAAGCACUAGCAAAGGCAAUGAAGUGGAAUUUGCACCCUGGAUUGAAAAUAUGGAAAGAGCUACCAGUAGCAAGGAAGUCUCAGUCCCUAGCACAUGUCAGAUUAAAGGUUGCUCCAGCAGGGAGUUUAUCUCCAUGGAAACCUUUGACAAUUGUGAAGGUGCAGAAGAUACGGAAAAGGAGAGCAGUGCUCUGAGUCUGUCGGGGCUUUGCCAGUUGGACGACAGUUAUGAAACCUCCAAGUCUGUUCAGGAAACGGGAGAAAGCAUCCAGGGAGAGAAAGAGGGCGGCGAAGAGGACACGGCCACAAACAAAACUGAGGAGAGCCCUGGGAUGUCCGCUGGCUUGCUCGACCCCAGUGGGGAGACCGGCUUUCGAGCAGAGGCAGUGCGGGCGCGGGAAGGGGGCCUGAGGCCGCCCUCCGCAGAGAACUGACACUCGUCCCAGACAACCCAGCCUCCCCGGCCUCCUGCAUUCCCAGGAGCCGCUGCUGUGGUUGCGGAAGCCGGCCCGCCCUUAAGCAGAAGCAGCAAAGGGGCCUUGGAACCUGGGGAUCCGCUGCCCUGUCCGGGGUCAACAGGACCAUCUUGCCGGAGCCUAAGGAGCGGUCGCCAUCCGCCCGCGGAGCCCACCCCUCCCGGUGCAGCGCCGCUGGCGCAGGGACUCGGCGCAGACCCCGUGGAGAACCUGCAGGUGCUGACGCACUCCUGCGCAGGGACGUGGCGCAGAGCCCGUGGAGAACCUUGCGCCAUUAGAGGCACGCCUGCGCGAGCGCAGCCGGCUUGGUUGCGGACCCCGCGGAGAACCUCGAGCUGCUCGGCACACGCGCCUUCUGGAGGUUAGCAUAAUCCAGUGUUGGAGAGCUGAGCGCAGGGUUUCUCAAUGUCGGCACUUUUGACUUUGCAGGCUGGAUACUUUGUUGUUGGUACUUCUUGUGCCUUGUAGGAUGUUUGGGAGCAUCUCUGGCCUCUGCCCACUAGAUGCCUGUAACACCCCCCCACCCGCUCACCCAAAUUAUGACAAUCAAAAAUGC